AUGAGUCUUAAGAGUGUUUUUGAUUUGGUAGUAGUGUUAGUACUUUUAAAUCUCAUCCUAAAGAAUUAUCAUGGAGCAGAAGGAUGGAAUAAUAAACUAGCAUCAAAGGAAGAAGACAUGGAGAUAGACGAAAAACUUAAGACUCUUAAUAAGCCUCCCGUGAAGUCUAUCAAGAAAAAACUUGGUGAAACAUACGACUGUAUAAGUAUCUAUAAACAACCGGCUUUUGAUCAUCCAUUGCUCAGAAAUCACAAGAUCCAGAUGAAGCCAAAUGUGAUUCAAGGAGAACAAAUUGAUGAACCUAUUUAUAAUAUGGUUUCUAUUGGUGUACGAUCGAAAUAUGAAAGUUGCCCCUCGGAAACUGUUCCCAUCCGAAGAACCACAAAGGAAGAACUGUAUGUGUCAGCUCAACCUUUUGCCGAGAAAGUAUACUACGGAGGUAGUGCUAAAUUUUUUGUAGCAAAUCCGAGUGUCGGUCCUGAAAAAUUUAGCACUACUCAAAUUUGUAUACAGAAUGGCCCUGCUGAAGAACUAAAUAGUAUAGAGUUCGGAUGGGGUUUUAAAGUGUUAUCUAUAUUUUUAUUUAACAAUUAUCGGUUACAGUUUCAGGCCGAUGGAUUUAAAGAUACUGGAUGUUAUAACAUGCUUUGCCCAGGAUUCAUAAAAGUCCACCCUAAGUACUCUUUUGGAGAAUAUAUUGGAGUUGGUCUCUAUGGAGGGAUCCAACGCGUGUUUUAUUUUUCAGUACACCGAGACCCAAAAAGUGGCAACUGGUGGCUUAUCGAUGGUGUAGACAAUGCAAAGAUAGGAUACUGGCCAAAAUAG